AUGAAGUUAGAACCCGCCCAGCCGGUGCAGGUGGUGGACCCUGAAGUCAGAGCUUAUGUCUACAGCCUAAUAACUGCGCUUGGGGGAUCCGGCAGCAGUGAUACAGGACAAUAUGUUCUAGGAGACGAUGCCCUCGCCUGUUUGCGCGAUCUCAAAAAAUGGCUGAAGUUUUACGACGAGAAAGCCAAUCGCAUGGAUGUGGCCAGGUGUUUGGCCGAAGCAAACCUAGUAAACAGAGACUUAAUUCCCAUUCUUAAACUUUACGGAAAUUUUGCACCUUACGGCAAACAAAUGUCUCGAAUUGCUUUGGCAUGCUUGGAGUUGCUUGUUCCUCUAACAUGGCCACUCGAGAUCCAUAGCCAGAUGACAGUAAACCACCAUAGGCAUAUCCCUUAUUUGCAACAUUCUCAGGUUUUGUACAAGCGCGGGAUUCUUGGGAAUGAUACCACAGCCCUCCUUCGGAAGAUCAUCCACAUCGCAUUGCCAAGCAUGACCACUGCCCGAUCGGAUCGUUCCUCCCGAGAUGAGGGAAUCCUGAAACUAAUGUUAUAUCUCUUUCGAAAUCUUGCCGUAAUAACGCCCGCUCCACAUCUAGCUACGGAGGGCGACGAGGAGGAAGCCUCAAAAUCUGCCACAAUAAACGCCUUCCAACAACAGGACGUGUUUGCACUUUUGUUGACAAUGUGUUCGAAUAUGGGAAAUGAUUUUAAUUUCCAAGAUGUGAUUAUUUUGGAAAUUAUAUUCCAUAUUAUUAAGGGAGUUGAUGUAAAGAAGCUAUUCAUGGACAAAGCACAAAGGAGUGUUGCGGGGACGGACGACCUUGAAGUUGUCCUGGACAAGGAGUCUCAUUUAAAACGGGAAUAUUCCAAAACAGCCCCAACAAGACACGGUCGAUUUGGAACUAUGAUUUGGGUUAAACGAGACGAUGAAAAAAUCUCAACGCUUUCCGGCCAGGAUAUGCUCAAGGACGAUUGGACAACGAUGAUGAAAAUGGAUAAGACAAAAAGAUGGAACAAACCCAAGCACAAAAAAGGGGUUGUUGAUUUGUCAGUCAAUAACUUUAAUAUUUCAACCCCUUUGACUUCGUCGGCGACUGAGCAUUUACGAACCUUUGUUGAAGAGUUUUUGGAUUCUGGUUUCAACCCACUUUUCUCAAACCUCCGCAAAGCCAUUGAGCGCGAGGCUGACCGUGUUACUGAGUUCACCCCGCGUCAAUUCUUCUAUACAAUAGCCUGGUUUCUCGAGGCUGAGAGAUUUCGACGUUCCCGCAAGCAAGAAAUUCGACAGCAAAAUAAAAAUGUCACGCGGGAUAUCGAACCAGAUAGUUUCCAGCUUGUUGCUGGAGUACUAAACCAAGAAACGUUUAUCGCUUUAAGCAGGCACAUGCAAAACUGCUUGGAUUACAAGGAUUGGCAGGACCUGAAUGCCAGCAUGCUAUGUUUUACACAAAUUCUUCUAACAGUCCAGGAUAUGUUUCAUUCUAGUAUCAGUGAGGACCAAGAUAUUGCAGAGAAUAUUUUAAACAGAAUAUUCUACGAAGAAACGACACAUGACAGGAUAUUGGCAAUAUUAAAAGGCUACGAAGGCCAGGGUUUUUGGUAUUUGGAUGCAUGCACUGAAGUAGCCCACGUUUUCCUUCGAUUAUUGGAACAGUACUCAAAACAGAAUGGGCAUAUGCAGAUUCGAUCCCGCAGACGAGCCAGACGGAAACAGCGUAAGGAAGCUGCCUCGAAUCCAGAAAACCCCGAAGCGGACAAUAACUCAGAGUCUGAGGAAGAAGACACGGCCGUGGCGGACGCAUCUAAAACGAUAGUUGAAAGAGCUUUUGACUUCCAACGUUUUGCUGCCAAAUUCUGUACCCAGAAGUCGGUGAACACAUUCCUCGCGUUAACCUCCUAUUACAGGGAGCUCAACGACAGCCAACUGAAAAGGGCACAUCGAUUUUUCUACCGCGUGGCAUUCAAGCAUGAGCUAAGUGUUUUGCUCUUCCGUGUGGAUAUCAUUUCUCUGUUUUACAGAAUGAUCAAGGGGCCCGGAGGUCUUGAUACGACCAAGCCGAGUUUUGCUGAGUGGGAAGAAUUCGUUCGACGAAUCAUCAGGAAGCUCGUGAAGAAGAUUGGAGAGCGGCCGGAACUUGUUACCGAAAUGCUAUUUAGCAAAAUUAACGCCACAGUCUAUUAUCUGGAAUACGGACACGAGAAACAGACGUUGUCUGAAUCACAGGCGGCGGCUGAAUUGGAGGUGAAACCUAAUGCUGCCUCGACUCUAUUUGACAGAAUAGAGAUUGUUGUGGCAGCACUUUGUCUGGAAGGAAAGCGGAAUCUAAUACAAUGGCUGGUUAAAACUCUUGAAUGUGCAGUGAACGAAAGAAGGAGCUGGGAGCUUGAAGCUGAAGCUAGACAGGCUGAAUCUGGCGAGGGACAAACCGCCAAUCCCCCUUCCAUAACUGUUAUACCCCAUGAUGAUGCGUGUCGUAAUGCCAUGUUCAAAAACGGCCACCUUCGGCUUCUUAUGACAUUGGCUGGGCUUGAAAGACUUGGUGUCGAAGACAUAAUCGACACCUCGUGGAUUGUCCCAUCCUCAUUAUCCGCUGAAACUCUAGAAGAAACCCAAAAAUCAAUCGAGAAGAAUCUUGAAAACCCGCCUACCGAGUUCAACGGUUUAAACCCGAGCGACUUGUUACGUCGCAAACGAGACGUUAAUCCCAGGAAAUCAUCUGAUGAACGAGGACCCGGUGAUGUCGAUUUCGGCAACGACUCAGAAGGGGAGGACGAUAUUGAUGGCAUUCUAUUCGCACCAAAUCUUCGCACCCGGACCGACACACUAGAUGAACUCAAAAAGAAACGACUUAAACGAGGGAAGCAGAGGAGGGGGCAAGAGGGUGAUGAUCCUGAUGAUGCGGUAUUGGAGGCGCGUCGCCUAGCGCGUGAGGCUAAUGCAUUGGAGCGUCAAAGGAAAAUCAAAAGUAGUUUAUAUAUCCAUGCUAGCGACGAGGAGUCGGAUGAAGAAGCCGACAAAGAAUUCUUCGCCCGGGAGGAGGAAAGGCGGAAAGCCCAGGCUAAGCGCGUCAGAGAGGCUUUAUCAACUGGCAGGGUUGCUAAAAGUGAUGGUGAUGAUUCAAUCAGACCGAAAUCUUCCAGUAAAGGACGGAAACGGAAGAGCGCGGCAAAUGACGGCCAAAGGGGAAAGCGACGACGAAGCAAUCCGCUGUCUGACGACAGUGAUGGAGACAAUGCCAGUGACAAUGAAGACGAUAGCUUGAUGGCUGUGCAAGAAGCAUCGUCGCCAUCCGAGUCUGUGUCUGCAUCAGCAUCAGCAUCAAUACCUCGACCGGGUCGAACGAGCGAAAAUACCACUCCCCCAACCUCAACAGGCCGUGAUCCGAGAGACGAAAUGAACGACGACUACUUUGAAAUUAACCCGUUUUCCUUCAGCAGUAUAGAGAAUAAUGGCAAAGCGGCUGAAGGUAAUGCUGAUGACAAGGAUGAAGAGGAUGAGGCGAUCCAGAAGCCCCGUCGAGAACCGCGUAGAUAUUGCGGGUUUAUUAUUGAUAGUGAUUCCGAGUCAGAGGUUGGCGGUUAG